GGGGUCUGUGGGUCCCCGGUGGGCUCGCGGCCACGGGGUCGCGAUGGCACUGUCCCUACCGCAGACCCCGAGGCCGGGGGUGGCCAUGGCAUUUGCCGCCGCCCGACGCUUGGCAUCGCCUCCCCCAUGCUGGCGCCCGCUGCACGCAUGUGAUUGAGGAGCCAGGCGCCGCGGCGAGCAGAGCAGAAGGUCGAGCCUGCUCCCGACGGCAGCGCCCGGGGCAGUCCCCACCAUGAUCCCCCGUGGCAAGAGGGACGCCGGCCGCCCAGCUGAGCUGCCUGGCCCCGAAGGCAUCACCGAAGGACAUCGCUCUGUCUGGGAGGAGGACGGCCGCCUCUCCGUCCUGCCCCGCGACGACCUCCCCAAGAGCAUGUCCGACUCCUCCGUCUCCUCCUACCACUCGGCGCUAUGCUCGGAGACGACAGACACCUUCAAGGACUGCCUGGAGUUCCUGGAGGAGGAGGACGCGGGCCGCCACACCGCCACACCGCCCCGGGGUCCCCCCGCGGGCCCCCCGCCGCACGGCCCCGUCCCCAGCCCGCGGCUGGAGCGCGCCCGGCAGGCUCAGCUGUCCGUCACCGCUAAGAAUAGCUCGGCGCCAGGCCGCGGGGGCAGGAUGGGUCCCCUCCGCGGGGACCGGCCGCCCGCCGCUGCCUUUGGGGACCGGCCGGGCGCGGCGGCACCGGGGACGAUGCUCGGCGAGGGGCGGCGGGCCAGGCGGAGCGGCGGGGCCAGCGACUCGGACGAGGCCGACGGCGAGGUGCGGGCGCUGACAGCCAGGUCCUUCCGAAGCCUCUCGGGCCUUCCCGGCACCCGGCUGGACAUGUGCAGCUCCCACACCUCCUCCAGCCUCUCCAACUCGCUGUCGGAGGACGGCGGUGGAGGACGGCGGUGGGCAGCGUGCGGGGAGCCCCGGGGUGCUGAGCUGCCUGGCCUGACGGGUAAGGAGCUGUUUGAGUGCGUGGACGUGGAGCUGGAGAGCAGCGACGCCAAGAAGGGGCACGGCAAGAAGAGGACCGUCCCCAAGCGGCAGAUCCAGCUCAAGAGGAAGGAGAGGAAGGAGACGGGGUUCUUCCCUUGGGGGGAUGCCUCAGCCCCCCAGCCGCUGCCCCCCACCAGAAAGGAGCCCCCAGGCAAGGGCAGAGCCGUUGGUGAGGACUUCAGGUUCAACUACAAGCAGUUCAUGAAGACAGCCUCCCUGGACGAUGCCUCCAGUAAGACCCGGAUGGCCUCCAGCCUGGUGAAAAACGUCCUAGCCAAGAAGAUGCAGUACGAGCAGUGGAUUAGUAAGAUGGAGCAGAAAUCGCUGAGGGGCAGCUCGACCUCCUCAGGGCCGUCCUCAGUCGGCACCGACCUGCUCGGGGAUGGCCUGGAGGGCAAGUCCAGCUCGCUCUCCAAGUCCGACUGCAGCAUCUCCGCCGAGGACAUGCGGUGUCCUCGGGGCUGCGAGAGGCUGGGGGCUGCCAGCACCACCCGGCCGGCCAAGGGGGUCGUGCUGAGCGAGGCGACAAGGGAGAAUGUCUGCAAGCUGAAGACGACCUUCAACGAGCUCAACGAGAGGAUGAAGUACCAGGAGGUGAUGCAGUGCCAGCGCCUGCCCGCCGAGGAGCACACGUCGGAGAGGACCCGCUACCGGCGAGCGCGCGCCUUGUUCGAAGGCUACGCUGGGGACAGGAAGCCGCUGGACAUCACCCCAAAAUUUGAGAAAGUGCAGAAGCCAUGGCCCAGCUUGAAGCAGCGAGCCAUCCGCCCCAGCAGGCCCGAAGUAGUCCCGUUUGAGCCCAAAAGCUUGGCAUUUCCCGAUGUGCCACCCCGGGGCGUCUUCACGUCCCGGGCGCAGGAGGUGAAGCUGGUGCCGCAGAGCCGGUGGGAGGAGAAGCCACCGCCAGCACCCCGAGAGCCACCGAGCCCCAGCACCCCUGCGGCCGCCCCUGCUGAGCUGGGGAACAAAGGCAAGGUGCAAAUCCCGCAGCCGCGGGACGUGCGCAAGCUGCUGAAGAACAGCUACAGCCUCUGCUUCGGCACCACCCGCGGCCCCCCAGCCUCUGGCCCCGCCAGGGAAAGCACCGGGGAGCCCGCGCCACCAUCCCCGCUCGUCAUCCACUGCACCUCCGUCUGCCGCCGUGAGCCGGCGCCGAGCCUCGUGCCACCGGCAGACAGGGACGUGGGGACAGCUGGUGGCCAAGAGGCGGAGGCAGCACAUGCUGAAGGGACGGCGACGGUCACCGGCACCCGCCCCGCGCGGGGCUCGCCCGUGCACAUCACCAAAGUCCAGUCCACGCGGAGAGAGGUGGCUGCCACCGAGGGUCCCCAGCUCAGCCCUGCUGCAUCCCCUGCGUGUCGCCAGCGGAGCGAGCUCAGGGUGCCACCGCGCGCGGUGAGCGGGGGGGACGCGCACGUGGAGUCCCACCUCCACGUCCUGGUCGGCCCACGGCCCCCGCCGGUGGCUGGGGAGGGCUCUCCAGCUCGGAGCGGAGCCGUGCUGCGGACGGAGAAGACCCUUGUCCUCCCACCACCACCGAGCCCCACAGAGGGAGAGGAGGAACACGGUCGUGGCGUCGCUGCAGGGGAUGGCGCCACAGGGGACCAGCAUCAUGGUGGCAAGGACGGCCCAGGGGAUGGCCAGGACACCCGUGCCAUGAAACCAGCGGUGAGAUGUGCGGUAAAGCCACCCGCCAGCGAGCCGGGCAGCUGGCUGGCCUCGGCGGGGAGCCAUGGUGCUGCAGAUGGCACCAGCCCCGCUGCCCCAAUUCGAGGGAGGGAGGCUGGCGACGGUCCUUCUGUCCCCACUGGGCCACUCCCCACCAGGCCACCAGACCGGAGGGAGAGCUGGGAGCACGUAACGAAGUGGCCGGGAGCCAGCGAGCCGCACCUUCCUGCCGCCCCAGUGGAGAACUCCAACUACUUGACAAUUCCCGUGAAAGCCCCCAAAUCCUCCCCAGUGCCAAAGCUGCCCUCGGUUCCCAACCCGGCCACCGCAUCCUUCGGGGCUCCCUUAACUCCCCAUCCAGCCAGUGUGUCCUUUGGGACCCCUUCUGUCCCCAAUCCAGCCACUGCAUCGUUUGGGACCCCCUCGGUCUCCAAUCCAGCCACUGCAUCGUUUGGGACCCCCUCGGUCCCCCAUCCAGCCACUGCAUCCUUUGGGACCGCUGCAGUCCCCAACCCGGCCAGCACAUCCUUUGGGACUCCUUUGGUCCCCAGCGCAACCAACUCACCUUUUGGCUUCCCAUCAGCCUCCAGCAUGUCCUUUGGCACGCCCUCAGUCCCCAACCUGACCAACACAUCUUUUGGGACACCUCUGAUCCCCUACCCAGUGAGCGCAUCCUUUAUGACCCCCUUGGUCCCCAGUGCAGCCUCUGCAUCCUUUGGGACCGCUUCAGUCCCAAGGCUGGCCAACCCAACCUUUGGGACCCCCUUGGCCCCCAACCUACCCAGCGCACCCUUUGUGACCCCCUCCGUCCCCAAACCAGCCAGCUCAUCCUUUGGGACCCCCUCGGCCACCAACCCAGUCCCUGCUUCCCUUGGGUCCCCGUCAGUCCCCAGCCUGGCCAGGGCUCCGCUGGGGACUGGUGUUUCCGCCCUGCCUGCUGGGGAAUCCCCGUGGAACAAACCCUUCCCCGAGCCCCCCCAGCCCCGGCCCCCCGAGGUGCCACAGCCCCCAGCCCAGCCCCAGCCUCGCCUGGAGGACGCUCCCCGGAGGACCGAGGGCUCCUCGCCAAGCAGCAAGAGCGCGCCGAGCCCCACGCGGCCCUUCAAUCCCCAUCCGGCCGCGCAACGCAGGAUGCUCGUCGAUCCCGACAGCGGCAAAUGCUACUACAUGGAGCCGCCGCGGCAGCCCCAGCUGAAAACGCUCUACGACCCCGAGACGGGGCAGUACGUGGAGGUGCUCAUCCCACCGGUGCCCGUGGCGUCGCACGCUGGGCUCUACCAAGCUCCCUUCAACCCCUUGCUCUACAGCGUGCCCUACGUGCCCUACGGCAGCUUCCCAGGGCUGCCGGCACCCGCGCCGCCCGCCGCCCCCUCCCCGGCACACCCCGACGUGCAGGGCCAGCUGCCGGCUGCCGAAAACCCCGGGGGCUUCCCCGGGACCUUCAGCCCCGAUCCCAAGGGCGAGGGGCCGCCCGCUGCGGCGGGGGCCGACUGCGGGUACCUGGAGAGCCUGUACUACAUCCCCACGGGGAUGCGGGCCAGCCCCGGCCCCGGCCAGCCCCCCGCCCGCGCCAGCCCUGCCGGCCCCGAGCAGGGGCCGCUGCCCCCCAUGUGAGCUCCUAAAAGGAAUGGGAGGGGACGUGGUGUUUUACCAGCACCUGGCAUCCCUGGGGGGGUUCUGAAGUCAUUCAAGGGAGCACG